UGCUUUUAGAAAGAACAAGACAGUUACAAAAAGUGCUCCCCCCAUUCUAUCUGGUGAGGAAAUUUUAGAACAAAUAGAACAUCUAGGAUUAAUGUGUGUCACAGAUAUGGGUGCAGAUGAGAAUAACAGUUGCAAAGCAAAAAACACGGGUUGGAAGAGACGGAGCAUUUUUUGGGAUUUGCCAUAUUGGAGUACUAACAUGCUUCGCCACAACCUGGAUGUCAUGCAUAUAGAGAAAAAUGUAUUUGAAAAUAUUUUUAAUACUGUGAUGAAUGUUGAAGGGAAGACGAAGGACAAUGCAAAAUCAAGGGAAGAUUUGAAAGAGUUUUGUCACCGACCUGAGUUAGAGAGGGAUAUGGCAACAGGAAAGUAUCCUAAAGCAAGUUACACAUUAGACAAACAAUCAAAAGCAGUAUUGUGUGAAUGGCUUAAAAAUCUUAGAUUCCCAGAUGGUUAUGUGUCAAACAUGGGUAGGUGUAUAGACAUGCGAAAACUAAAGUUGUUUGGGAUGAAAAGCCAUGAUUGUCAUGUCUUUAUGCAAAGAUUACUCCCAAUAGCAUUUAGGGAAUUGCUUCCAAAAAAUGUGUGGCAAGCAUUGACCGAAUUGAGCAAUUUCUUUAGAGAGUUAACUUCAACAACACUUAGAGAAGAAGCCAUGUUACAGCUCAAUGAAGAGAUUCCUAUAAUAUUAUGUAAACUUGAGCGUAUAUUCCCUCCAAGUUUCUUUGACUCCAUGGAACAUCUCCCAGUACAUUUGGCUUAUGAAGCAUGGAUUGCUGGUCCUGUGCAAUAUCGGUGGAUGUAUCCAUUUGAGAGGUACCUUAGGAAGUUAAAAAAUAAUGUGAAAAAUAAAGCCAAAGUGGAAGGUUCCAUAUGCAAUGCAUACUUAGUUGAAGAAGCAUCGUCAUUCUGCGCUCAUUAUUUUGAACCCCAUGUCAACACAAGGCAUCGAAAGGUUCCACGCAAUGAUGAUACAGUCGAACAUAUGGAUGAACAUCCAGGGAAUCUAUCAAUUUUCACUCAUUCUGGUAGGCCACUAGGAAAAGGAAAGGUUAGAUAUCUCACAGAACAAGAAUUUCAAGCAGCACAAAUGUACAUCUUGUUGAAUUGUAUAGAAGUAAAACCGUACAUUGACAUUUUUGUUAAUGAGUUACACAUGGCCAAUCCAAAUAUCAAUGAUAAACAAGUUGAUGAGAAACUAGAGCGUGAAUUUGAUAAGUGGUUCAAUAAAUAUGUUCACAAUCCCUCCAAUAAUAUAUCAAGCCAGUAUGAACCAUUUGUUCUUGCUAUCCAAGCUGCUCAGGUGAAUUAUUCCAUAUAUCCAAGCUUAAAACGUGACAAGGAUGAUUGGUGGGCUGUGUUCAAAAUCAAAGCGAGAUCUGUUAUUGAUCUUCCUGAGCAAGUGAAUGUCACAACCCCCCCUGCACGGGAAGAACCAUUUCAAGAAGAUGAAAUGGAAGUCCCUUUGAUUCAAAUUGACGAUGAUGAUGAUCAACAACAAUAUUUGAAUGAUCAAAACGGUGUACUAGUUGAAAUUAAUGAAGAGGAUGUUGAAGAUGAAGAAGAGCUUGAAUUGGACUCAGAAAGUGAUGAGGAAUGCGAUGAUGUAUAUGAUAGUGAUACUAAUUAG